GUCUGAACCUGUUUUGUGGCUGCGAGGACAGUCGACUGUGUAGGCCUAUGGAAAAUUUUUAAAUGAUGAAAAGCGAUUACAGGUGUUCCUUGACGUUUCUGGCAUUUUUGUGUAUGUUAAAAGCAUGUGAACUGUGCUUUGUUCGAGCAAGUCGUGCAUCCAAGUUUGUUCCAGAGGGAAGCAGUCUCGAGUUGAGCUGUGAAGUGCAACACUGUGGGGUCCUUAGCUGGACUGGAGGAUGGGUUUUCCAGGAAUGGCAGAGCACAGGAUUUACUCGCCUCACUCCCUCCGAACGAAUCAAGCUGUCUAAUUACAGCUCAACAGCCAAUAGCACACAUCUGUUAGUCCACAUUCACAACAUCAACCAGUCAGAUGCUGGACCAUACAAGUGCAUGAUAACCUGGUCUCAGAAGAACUUAACAAGCAAUGGGCAUGUGACAUAUGUUAAUGUGACUGCAGCAUCAGUAGACUCAUCGGGAAGAAACCUCUCUCAUAGAGUUCUGCUAUGCCUUAGUGCCUCAAUGUGCUUUCCUCUUGUUCUGGGAUUAGUUUGGUGUCUGACCCGGGAUCAUCCACCACCACCCCCUGUCCCGCCUCGCUCCUACACUUCCUUUGCAGCUAGAGUGAAACCAAAAAAGGAAUUGGUGUAUGCAGAAGUUGCAUUGAAAAAUUCAAGACGGCAGAAUGAUUGUCCAAAACAAGUGCCUGAGCCAACUGUUUACUCCUCUGUGCAUUUCUCCUGAACAGAAAGACUUCAUCUUGCAUUUCUAUCUCGCAUGUGGCUGUGGGUAUUUUUGAAUACCAGAACAAACAUG